GCUCUCUGCUGCUCCGUCUCUCUCACUCUCACUCUCCUCUAUGCUGCUAUUCUGGGAAGUGGCGCUUGGAAUAACCCCCGUGUGCGUAUGAGUGUGUGUGUGCGUGUGUAUGUGUCUCCUGAUUUCACCCUGACACACGCACACAUACACACUCACAACACAGUCAGACACACACAUUUACUGUCUGUCUGACUGCAGGAGUGGAGCUCUGGCAACAGAAAUCCGCUCGCAGAGGAUUCCUUCCAAUUUUACGCGCAACUUUUUUCCUCGUCGGCUUCUUCUCUGCGACGUUUCCAGCGCUCCCCCCUCGACUGUUGUGGAUUUCUAACAACCACCCCCUGGCUGUUUGUAGCGGAGCGACGAGCGAAGCUCGCCCGGAAUCGGAUCUGCUGUCACCGGGCUGCUUGUUGUCAUUUUCGCACGGAGACGCGCAGCCGGAGCGCAGACAGAAGGGGCACUUUGUGGACUUGAUAAACUGGAACAGAAAGCAACCGAUUGCACCAGGCUGACCUCAGGCCGUUAAAGGUUUCCAGUUGGGUUUGUGGCGGGCAGAAAUGUCAGAGCUGUGGAUUCCAGCGGCGGGCAGAGAGGCUGCUACAGUAUGUGGCGGGAGACUGCGUUGCUGAUGGCCACAUAAGGACACUUUCUGUCGGGACUCCCGUUAGAACCAAUCUGACAGAGCGCAGACCGAAAGGUCUUUUGGUGAGAAAACUGAAGGACUUUUGAAGCUACAGAAAAAGGAUCUACAAGCACCUUUCCCUCAAGAAAAGUCACUCAAGGUUUCUUCUGCUCUUAGAUGAACUGGACAGAAGAACGACAGAGAGCAGCGUUCGUGUUUUUACAAAAUGGCAGAAGGAGAGAAACCUCUCUGAUGUUAUCCGCUGAAGCUCCUCUUUCUGCUCCACUUGAUAAUUCCUGUUUCCAGCUUGACUCUAUGAUCAGUCUUUCUGAGAAAUGGAUGGAUAUUUUAUGUUUCUGUAAACUUGUUGGCAGCCAGCAAAGGUUCCGCUAUCAUGCCUGGUAGUUUUGGGACCUUGUAACCCUCAAAGACCUACCCUCCCAAAUUCCCUGCCAUCCCCUCUUCUCUCCCUCUUCUAAACCACGGAGAGCUUCAAGAAAAUGGAGGCUCGUGAAUUACCUGCGACAGGACAGAAAUGCCCAAACAAGGAACUACCAAGGGAGAAGGUACCUCUACAAAGAAAAUGGGCGUCAGAGCCUUCUGCAAACACCAAACGAAGCACUUUUGCUGACCUGGAGGCUCCUGGAGGAUCAGCACCCCAGCAGAAGUACCCAAUCACAGGGAAUUCUGGAAAGCUGCUAUCUGGACCAUCUGCAGUUGGGGCCAUAGGAGGCCCGCCAUCUCAAGACCCACAAGGCCCCUUUGCUCAAGGGUUCCCCAGGGGAUAUCCUUACCAACUUGGCCAGCCAUACCCUCAACAUCCUCAAUCUGAACGGUUUCUCUCAGGAGCCAAACCACAGCCAGGCCUAGAGCCUCAUGCCUGGCCAUUUGCUGGCCAGUUGCCCUCGGAUGACCUAUUCCCAGGACACCCAGGACACACUCACCCACAUGGAGCUGGUGCAGGGAGGUUCCCUCGGCACAAAUCUCCUAGUUUACCCAGCUCCUUUGGACAGUAUUCUCAGUCAGGCCCGGAGCCCGGAGAAGAGGCCUAUGGCAAAAAAGAGCAAAAGCCAAAAAAGCCUGGCAAGUACAUCUGCCACUACUGUGGACGAGCUUGCGCCAAGCCCAGCGUCUUGAAGAAGCACAUCCGCUCACAUACUGGAGAGAGGCCAUACCCUUGUGUACCCUGUGGCUUUUCUUUCAAAACCAAGAGCAACCUUUACAAGCAUCGCAAGUCCCAUGCUCAUGCCAUCAAAGCUGGACUCGUACCAUUUUCAGAGCUAGCUGUGGCCCGUAGUGGGGACAUGGACCAGGCAUCCCCAGUGGGCGAGGCUGAGGUCCAUUCAGAUGGAGAACAGAGUACCGAUACAGAUGAGGAAGGCGUGGAGCCCACCACCAUGCUAACAGACAAAGACAGUCCCACCCUGCAGAUCUCCUUUGAAGCUGACAAGAAUACAGGUGGUGCUGAACCAGCAUAUGCAGAUUCACCUGAAGAGCUACCCAUUGGAUCUAUGAAAGUGCCUAUUCUUAUUGUUCCCAAGCCUGGGGGAGUUCCCUCCACAGGGAUGGAGUGCCCCCCCUUUCAUGACAUAAAAGUGUCACACCACAUGUUAGCAUCAAAGGCUGGUGGAAGAGCACGUUCACUGGAUGACUCCCCAACCAUCAAACAACGUUUGGCCCUGAGGCUAAGUGACAAAAAAGGACAGGACACUGACCUUGCCAUGUCCCAGUCACUUAACCUCCUCAGUCCUCACAGCAAAGGCAGCACAGACUCUGGCUACUUUUCACGCUCUGAGAGCGCAGAGCAGCAGAUCAGCCCUCCAAAUACCAACGUCAAGACGUACGAGGAGAUUAUGUUUGGUCGAACUUGGUACUACCGACCAAGCUCCAGGUCAAGACACUCUAUAACAGUAGGCAUGGCAGGGGCAGACCCUACUAGCCUGACUACCCUGAAGCAACCUGGUGCAAUUCUGGAAAUAGGGAAGAUAGCUGAGGAUCAUAUCUCUUUUAGAGGAGAUGUAGGAAUCUCAGAAGAUCCAAAGCAGUAUCCAACUGGGCCAUGUCAAAGCAGUACAGGACUUCUAGAGCCUCCAUCAGAUUCUGGGCAUCUUAUUAGGAGUAACUCCAUGCCAACUUCCACCCCUCCUAACCUCAGUGUUCCCCAAGGGAUACGGGGUAGCCAAUCCUUUGACAAUGUUGUGACAGAUGAUGUGUUUUACCCACCAGGCCAUCGUAGGCUCACAAGACAGAGUGCAUUUGAAAAUUCAACCAAUGAAGCCCACGUAGGAGAGGCCGAGGGUUUUGGACACAUGCCUAAGAAUUUAACUUCGUCUCUGGGUAUGAAGAUUGGUGAACGCAGCCCAGGAGUUCCAGAACAUGUUCCCUUUAGUUAUGGUACUAAAGUUAGUAUGUCAGAAAUAGCCACAAGAAAAAGGAGGAAAGAAAAGAGUGUUGGGGAUGAUGAGGACAGCCCUGGACACUGCGACAGUAGCUGUAGUGGUUCAGUGGAAAUGAUAGGGGACUAUGACUUUAAACAAGGCAGUUUUGAUGGGUCCAGAGCCACCCCAACAGGGAAAGGUUCCCUUCAUAGUGCACACAGUCAGUCUGACAGCUUUGAUACCUGUGCCAGCAUGUGCUCCGAGGACAUUGCACUAUUUACCGACUCUGAGGGCAGAAAAACAGCUGGGAAUGUCAUAUCAGUUAUCCAGCAUACCAACUCCCUCAGCCGUCCAAAUUCCUUUGACAAGUCAGAGUCUUUUGAACAGCCAGCAUAUCAGCCUUCAGAUAAAGCUCCAUGUACUCAGUACUCUGAGCAGUCUGACACAGAGAUCUUUGAAGAUGCUCUAAGUCCUGAAUCCACCCUUCUGAGGACAGAGAGCAUGGAGCAACAGCCACAAAGUGACAGUGACUUGGCCUCCCUUUCAUCGUCAUCAGCUGCAGCCUCACCUGGACAGCCUUAUCACAUCCCACCCAAACUAGUCAGACAACCAAACAUCCAGGUUCCUGAAAUCAGGGUGACAGAGGAGCCAGACAAGCCUGAUAAGGACACAGAAGCUCCAAUGACCAAGGAGCUGGAGAAGCAGCAGCAUGUCGAGGAGUUUCAGUUGCCACAGAGAAGCGACACACUAUCCCAAAUGCCAUCAGAAAAGCUCCCACCCAAGAAGAAGAGGCUCCGCCUAGCAGACAUGGAACACUCAUCUGGAGAAUCAAGCUUUGAAUCGACUUGCACCAGCCUUUCUCGUAGCCCCAGUCAAGAGAGUAACUUGUCCCACUCCUCUUCCCUUUCCAUGUCAUUUGACAGAGAUGAAGGUCUCAAGUCUGUCUCACCAACUAAACAGGAUGAUUCUUCAGUAUCUGGUGGUGGACCAAAGCAAUCAGAGUUCCUGACUGUGCCAGGCAGUGGUUAUUCUAGCCACCACCAGCAGAGGGAAAUGAGGAGGUCUUCAUCAGAACAGGCACCAUGCACGCUGCCUAUGGAGUUGCCUGAAAUGCGCAGUAAAUCCUUUGACUAUGGAAGCUUGUCAACCUCAAGACAGGGAGAACUGUACUCCAGUGCUUCUGCAAUGAAGGAACGUCGGCGUGGAUAUCUUGUUAGACAGGCUUCACUGAGUGUUUAUCCAGAGGCAGUUACCCAGGAGCCAGGGGGCGCAGAAACGUCAAUCAAACAGGAGAGUUUGGAGCAUGGGGGAUGGCCUGGCCCAGCAGGAUCCCCCCACAGCAGCAGCGAAGCAGUCAGCAGAGCCAAGAGAACUGGGAUUGGUGCUGAUAUAGGACCUCACCAACAUCAGCAGCACCACCAGCAUAUUCUCCAACAGAGUGUCAGCGAAGACAGCCUUCCAGAGGAACCUCUCUAUAGCAGGUCCCAGCAGCAUCGCUUGCAAGCCCAAAGCUCGUCAUCAGAGGGAGAGCAUCCAGGUCAUGAGGUCAUGAGUAAAGAUAUGAUGCAGCAGUACCAGAGUGGCCCUCCUUUCCUUUCUUUCCCACAGCCAGGCCUCUUCUGGAAUCAGGAGGCUGAACAGACACCAAGACAGCAGCAGACCCAGCAGGCCCAACUGCAACUCCAAAAACUCCACAUCAGAUCACCUGGAAAUGUACCCGGUCUCCCACUUCACAAACAGCAGCCACUCCACUCCCUGCAACAAGUCCACGAUCAACAGCCAUAUGAUGGAAAAUCAGAAAAUCCGACCUCUCAGAUUUACCCUGCUUCUUUUUCAGCUCGCAGCUCUCCUCUGUCAGCCUCGCUGUCCACCACCUCCUCCAUGCUUCUGCAACAGAUCCAACCCAUAUUUGCCACCCAGAACCUGGGCUCACAGGCCUCUUUGCCUGGUUUGCUGGUUCCUGUACGGAUCCAAACCCAUGUGCCAUCAUUUGGUAGUGUUAUGUACACCAGUGUUAGCCAGCUGAUAGCUUCUCAUGGUAGUGGAGCACAAGGUUUGGGUUCAGCCAGGCCAGGCAGUACUGACAACAGCAACAUGUCUCCUCCGGUUGGUGUUGUGAGUGUCACGAAGCCACAUGGAGGAGUUGGAGGAGGUUUCAACUUAGCACAUUUCCUAGGGCAGACAGAUGGUGCAGUGCUCCGGCACCCACUCUGGAAGGGUCCAGAUUCACUACCAGAGCAACGUCUAAACACAGGGAUCCCCCUAUCACUAACAUCAGGCACUAUAUCCACCACAGAUGCCUCAGGGUCUGCUAUCGGAGGGGGCAAGCGCAUGCUCUCUCCUGCCAGCUCACUUGAGCUCUUCAUCGAGACUAAGCAACAGAAAAGAGUAAAGGAGGAGAGGAUGUAUGGACAGAUUGUCAAGGAGAUGAGUGCUGUGGAGCUAAGUGGAACUGAAGGUGGCAGCAAGCCUGACAAGGGACAAGCAAGAGGUCUGAAGAGCGAAGGCUCCAUGGAUGAUUCUGAAAGGAUGUCCUCUUCUCCUCCAUUAAGUGACUUCCCAGUUGCUACCAAGAUUGCCAUUCCUGUCCGUUCCUCUGCCCCCCAUCUCUCUGAUGUCCCUCGGGCUCAGAGCUUCACUCCUCCGCUCCAGAUUGUCACAGACCGUUCUCCAGCUUCAGGUGGCCGCGACUCCCCAGAGGAGCUUGACGUGGACGAUUCAGUCCAAGAGCCCAGCUCCAGCCCAGAGUCCAUGGUUUCCUCUAACGACGCAGAAGACGCUGACAGCACGAAGCAGCCUACUUCAAAUAAAAUGCCUGUCAGCAUGCUGGUUCAGCUCGAUGCCAACCAAAGCCCAGGAUUACCCGGAGCAGCGGGUCAGACUCUGCUGCUCACAGAUGUGGCAGAUGUCCAGCAGCUUUUCCAGUUCCCUAGCUUACGCACAAUGAGCAGAGUCAGCUGGUGUUUCCUGAACUACACCAAACCCAACAGCACCCAGGCAGCUUUGCGUAGCUCCGUCUACAGUUCAUGGUGUGUCAGCUCAUACAAUCCCAAUCCUCUGAACCUGAGUACCAAGGCUUCACUGGCUCUGCUGCGGUCCAAACAGAAGAGGAACACUGAUUCGAUGUACACAACGGCAGCCAUGUCUCCACCCAGCUCUGGAAAACUGGUGUCUUCUGUAGCCUGGAAACUGCGGUUUGAUCAGCUGAAGCCAGAGCUGAUGCCAGUGGAUGUCAGUCAUUUUGGGAGGAAGAUGAAGGGAGUGGUUUCAUGGGAUCGUUCGAAGGAGGAGCAGGUGGAGAAGGAGGUCUCAGUCAAACAGCCUGCUGCUGAACCGACACGCAUCAAGAUCUUCGAAGGCGGCUAUAAAUCCAAUGAGGACUACGUCUACGUCCGCGGUCGCGGGCGAGGGAAAUACAUCUGCGAAGAGUGUGGCAUCCGCUGCAAGAAGCCCAGCAUGCUGAAGAAACACAUCCGAACGCACACCGACAUCCGACCCUAUGUCUGCAAGUUCUGCAACUUUGCAUUCAAGACGAAAGGAAACCUGACGAAGCACAUGAAGUCUAAGGCUCAUAUGAAAAAGUGUCUGGAGUUGGGAGUCUCCAUGUCUUCUGUUGAGGACACUGAGGCAGACGAAGGAGAUGUCGGAGAUGAAGGCCAGAGGUCUUCAGAGAAGAAUUCCAGAGGUGAGAUGGCAGAGCACCAGUUUUCAGAUGCUGAUGACUCAGAGGGUGGUGAAGAAGAUGGUGAUGAGGUGGAUGAUGAAGACGACGACGAAGAAGACUAUGAUGGUGACUCCACCCCAAAGACUCGCUCGCGCUCCACCAGCCCGCAGCCUUAUGGCCUGCCCUCCCUUUCUGUCACAGCUGUGGCCGCCUCCCAACCUGUUCCUCACUUCUCUUACCAUUCAGCGUCCGACCUCCUGGGAAACACGAGCAGGCCGCCUCUGUUUGGCUAUUUCACCACCGUGCCGAGUAUCCAGAUCACACCGCAGGCUCCGCCUACCGACCUGGCUGGGCGGGAGUACAGUCAGUCAGAGUACCAGAGAGGCCAGCAGCGGCCGCAGGGUAGCAGGUUGCUGGUUCCACCCUCCUCCUCCUCCAUGGAUGAAGACCUUCCCGUCCCCUCCCCGGAUCUCUCCUCCCCCUCAUCACGGCUUUCCUCACCCGGUUUGGACAACUCUGGCUGCCCAUCCCCCAUUUCCCCAUCCUCCUCACCCUCAGCCCGCCGUUACCUCUCCCCACGUCGUGACCUCUCACCCCGCGCAGGACACCUGUCACCCCGGCGGGACAUUUCUCCUCUUCGUCACAUCUCCCCUAAGAGAGACCUGGGAGCAGCAGGGGGAUACAGACGAGACCUUUCCCCAAGAAGGGGACACCUGUCACUGCUUUCUCCCUUGUCUCGGCCCACGUCUCCAUCGGGAAGGGAUUACAAGCGAGACCUUUCACCACGAGGCCGCCACAGGGGGAUGAUCCGGCCUGUGUCUCCUCGCAGAGGACUUCACCAACACCUCCACCACCAAAGCCAGCAGAGCGGGGCGCGGGGCCUGAGGCCGAGUCAUCAGACUGGUGCGUUGGGUCAGGGAGAGUUCAGCGCUCUGGGACGUCACACAGCCAGCACAGAAAUGGAGACGGAACAUCCGGGUUCACCGUCAUCAGGGGAUCAGGGUAGCCGUGGUAACCAGUCUAGCCCACCCCACCAAGUCCUCUACAGUCACCUUCCCCUACAUUCUCAACUACAGGUGCGCUCGCCUUACCCAAUGAUCCCCAUCGGUGGAAUCCAGAUUGUACACUCUGUUCCUGCGUCCGUUAACACCCCUCUGGCCCAGCAGGGGGCUUUGCAAGCUGCUCGGAUGUCACUGCAGAAGAGCAUAUCGGAGGACUCCAUCACCAGCGAGGCACAUUUCACCUCCUUUUCAGAGAGGGGCGGGCACGGAGCAGUAGUGGGAGAAACAGUGAGGGAUUCAGCAUCACCUCUCCGCUCCUCACAGGAGAAGGAAGGAGGAGGAGGCGUGAGGCAGGAGCAGGAGCAGGAAGAGGGAAUCCAGACGUGCACCAAGGCCAUCGCCUCCCUCUGCAUUGACUCCAAGGAGUUUGCUGAGAGAGGAGGAGGUGGAGGCAGAGUGGAUGACGGGAAAGACGGAAGCAGAGCGCCUUCCUCCUCUUCCUCUCCGUCAGCUUUGUCCCCAGACUCCCAUCAACACCAUUCGCCAUCUCCCCACCCAUCACCAUCUCCUCCUCAAGGUCCUGGUAUUCAGCACUUUAGCAGCCUGGAACUCAGGCCUCCCCACUCAUCAGUCCCAGCCUCUCCUCACUCGCCCUCUUCCUCCUCCUCAUCCCCUUACCCUCCGAGCCCCGGAUCUGACAGCCUGCAGCCUCCAAUGGCAUCCAAACCUCUCAAGAUGGAGAGAGACAGAGAGGCAGAAAGCACAAAGAGAAGCAAAGACGUGUCGUAGUGCUGCAGAGGAGGACCAAGGGGAGGAGGAGAAACGAUGGAUGUCUCCUUUUUUUGUUUGUUUGUUUUCGGAUAAUAGGAAGGGAUGAAGUGCAACAGGAGAGAGAAAAACUGACUUUUGCACACUUUACACACAAUUUCUUCUCACAUUUUCUCUCUCUUACACACAUAAAAACAUAAAGACUCAAACGGACCUCUUGAUGUUCGUGUACAGCAUGCCUGUUUUAAACGGGGCCUGCUCUCAGAGACUUUCUUAUUUAAAGACUUUAAAGAGCAUACACAUGUACGGUAACUCCCACCAACGUGAGCCCGACCAAAAUCUGCUAAAAACAAAACAAAGGACUCUAGUUAAACGGUACGACGAAGAAAAACAAAAAACCAUCGGACAGCUACGUGUGUGCCUUUUCUUUAAUUUCUCUAUCUCUCUCUCUUUUUUUUUUGCUUAUGUUCUUAUAAGCAAACAAAGCAGGAAAGUAAAUGUAAAUAAAGUACAAUACUAUCACGUAUCAGCUUUGUAAUAAAUGCAACCCCCUCCCUCCUCCUCAUCCUCCUCCCCCUUUCAUCCCUGUUUUUUCUUUCUCUCUCUCUCUUUUUUUUGGACACCUUAAACUUAAAAGUCUCGACAAGCGAUGUGAAGUUAUGGAUAUGAUUAUUACGUACGGUUGCACUAAAACAUAUUUUUAUAUGAGUGAAAUUUAAAAAAUGGCUUUUUUGUGUACAGCAGCAAUCCUAUAAUACUAUUUAUUAUUAUUGUUACCAUGUUUCAUAAAUUGUACAUUUUUUCUUAAAUGUCGUGGAUGCCUUUUUCUAUGUAAAGCAUGGGUUUUUUGCUAUCGCUUACAUUAGGGCGAGGAUAUGCACACUGUAAUAUGGCUUUUUAUGUUAGACCUAUUUAUAUACGUCUAAGUGAGCCCCCUCUACUUGGAGGUAUAUACACAUAGAAGAUUUACCAGAAUAUUUACCCAGCAUAUUAAUACAUACAGUAUAUAGAAUCUAUCAACCUGUCUGUCUAUCUAUCUAUCUAUCUAUCAUCUAUCUAUCUAUCUAUCUAUCUGCACUUAACAUGUAGAAUGACAUUCACAUUAAGGUUAUGGUAGUUUGCUUGUACAUUUUCUCUGGUGCUCUUUGCCUGCCCCCUGCUUGUGAUUUUUCCUCUUUUUUAUCUUAACUUUUGUGGUAUUAUGUCUUGUUUUUCUUUUGAUUUUUAGAAGGCACAGAUUUGCGCACAGCAUUAAGUGAAUGCCUUCUUGCACCUUGGCUUUUUUUCCUUCUUUUUUUGUGCUUAAAUGUUGGUUUUAACUCUGCCCCGCCUCUCUCCAUACACCCCCACACUCCUCCCGCCCAACCGAUGCAUCCAUCUGCAACCAAGAUUAACAUCAGGCGGAGGCAAAGGUAGCUCCACAUUCUUGAAUGAAUGCCAGAUAUGUAAACGGGAAAAACAUUCCAGUCCAUGUAAAUACCCAGUCAUCUCCCCCUAAACUCACACAUACACACAUUUUUUUGUUAUUGAUGCACAUUUUUGGGGCAAUGGCAAUCAACCCACUGAAACUCUUACUGAAUGGAUUUAUUUCAAGGGGGACACACAUGCAAACACAUGCAUCAAACUUUCUGACAAAUGCACCUUAUAUUUCUCCUGUGGACGUCCCGGUAUUCAUCGGUUUUUCUUUCCUUUUCUUUUGCAGCGAACUUUGAACGAAGUGUUUAGGGGGAGAUCUGCUCUGUGCUCUUCACCCUAAACUGUCGGAGAAUAUUAAGAAUACAUACAACAGUCGUGAUUUUAAGGCUUUCUGCACUGCUUUUUUGGCCCGCCUGUGGUCCCUCCUCAUCUCCUGAAUAUCCAUUUUGUAGCUAAGCAAUAUUUAGCCAAAACUCUGCUCACCAGCAGGGAUUGUAUUUGUUGCAAGGCAACAACAGCAUACUUAAAAAUCCUAAAAUCAGGAGAAGAAGGGAGCGGUUGGGACAACAACUCUUUACUCUUGUUGACAGUUUCGGGCCGAGUCGGGCAGGCUGCAAUGUGAGUGUGUAUCUCUGUAUUCUGUACCAGUGUGUAUUCGACCAGUAUAUCCUCUUCUUACGACGUUUUUUCUAUUUCGAUCCUCCCUCUGUUAUGUACACUUAUCCUGAUGACAAUGAUGUCUUUAAAAACUCUUUCUCUCUUUCGAAGAUAUCAAAGCACAAGUCAUUGUAUAGAAAUGACAACAAUACAUAAAAAGGACAAAAAAAAGAGGUAAACAUGCAUAUAAAAGGGUAACUUUUGUGAUGGUGUUCUGUGGAAUUAAUACAAAUAUCAUGUAUGACCCCAGUUGCAACAAGGAAUCGCAGUAGAAGUGGAAGAAAUGGAUUGUUGUUUUCAAAUAAAUAUGAAUAGUAUAA